AUGCAGCUUAUAUUGUUAAACCAUCUCCGUUUGCAGAAUACUUUGUUGUGUGAUGGUGAAUAUUUUCAUAUACGUUGCUCUGCACAUAUACUUAAUUUAAUUGUUCAAGAAGGUUUGAAAGUGGCUGCUGAAGCACUUUAUAAAAUCAGAGAAAGUGUUAAGUAUGUGAGAGGAUCAGAUGGGAGGAUGAUUAAGUUUCAAGAUUGUGUGGAACAAGCAGGCAUAGACACGAGCAUUGGUUUGAGAUUAGAUGUGUCAACUAGGUGGAAUUCUACAUAUUUAAUGCUAGAAAGUGCACUUAAGUAUGAAAAGGCAUUUGAUAUUCUCCAAGUGAUAGAUAGGAAUUACAAAUAUUGUCCGUCAUGUGAAGAAUGGAGAAUAGGAGAUAAAAUAUGUGAAUUCCUAGAACCCUUUUACGAGACUACAAACAUGAUUUCAGGUUCAUCUUAUCCAACCUCUAACUUAUACUUUGUACAAGUUUGGAAGAUUGAGUGCAUACUGAACGAAAACUUGUAUAAUGAUGAUUAUACUUUAAGUGAUAUGUCACUGAGGAUGAAAGAGAAGUUUGACAAAUAUUGGAAGGAAUAUAGUACAGUUUUAGCUUUUGGAGCUAUUCUUGACCCGCGUUUGAAGCUUGUUUUCUUAGACUUUUGUUACACAAAAAUUGAUCCAUUUACCUCCCAAAAUAAGGUUAAAAAUAUAAGAGAAAAGUUUGAGAAGCUAUAUGAAGAAUAUGCGAGCAAUCUCAAAGGAUCAAGUACUUCUAAUUCUCAUUCAUCCAUCAAAUCCAAUCUCUUGCACAAGUCAAGUGGUGAAAGCAAUAGGUGA